CAUACAUAUGUAUUUGCGCGGAACUCAGUUGCGCGCUAAACUUUUCAAUCGUCGGGCCACACCAGUUUCACCAGGCUGUUCGAGAGAAAUGGAAUCGUCGGCGCUUACAUCUGUAGGCCUCCUAAUACUGCACGCCAUUCUCCCUGUAGGGGAGGCGGCUCUACCGUAUCGCUCUUCAUCGUAUCACUACAGUCAGCACUUUUGCAUGGACACACAGACUGGGCGCCAGCUGUAUGUUGGUGAGGUUUUCACACGCCUGGGCCUUUGCAUUAGGGUUCAGUGCCUGGGCACUCUGCAGCUCUGGGAGGACAGUUGCUUGGUGCCGAGCUCCAUCAAGGGUGACUGCAAGCCCGUUCCGCCUACAGAGACUAAUUUUGAAUACCCCAGGUGCUGUCCGCUGUACGAAUGCAAAACAUACGAGUCGAACGCGGAAGGAACAUUGAAGCAAACCAACACUUAUGACCACAAUGGUUCGCUGCGCAUGUCGCACCUUACCGAAGUGAUAGUCAUAAACAAAAAUUCGCGGUUAGAUCAGGAGGACACUCCUAUAGUGCCAAUACGCAGAAACCAUGUGUAAGCUAUGCAACCUACAUAGCUUUUUUGCGUUUAGUUCUAAUUGAUAUUGUGAUUGUGUGGGAUUUAACCUUAGUUAGGUGUAGUAUCAGCUAUUGCGUUGUAUGUGUAUGGAAGGAAACAAUAAAAAGAAGGAAAUGUGGACAUAUGUAUGUACAUAUGUACAGUGGCUCCAUCGCAUAAUCGG